AUGGAUGGUUGUAACACGUAUAGUAUUACCAGAACGGCACCUAUUUCAAAGCUAAAAUUUAUGUUAUUAACUUCGCUUUCGCUAUCUAUAUCUGUAGAAAAGGAAUUUUCAUUUUCACUUUCAAACUAUUGCCAAUUUCAUACAAUAUGGGAUUUAGGUCCAUUAAUAAAAGCAUUAGACACUUCUGGUUUUCAAAUUUCACAAAAAGCAUUGAAACCACUUUAUACCAUUGAAAGUCAUAGUAUUGAAGGUUUUGUGAUGGAUUGGUCGGGAACAGUUCCUGAAGGUUUACUUUUAACUGGUGACAUGCGCACGAAUAUUUAUCUUACAACAAAAUCCCAAAAGUUUAUCACAGUUCCUAUUGGAUGUGUAAGAUUAUACGAAUCAUAUCAAUAA